CUAAGGAUGGCACCCUAGUAUUUCGCUGCUGUAAUACCCGCUAGGAAACAUGACGGGCCACAGAGAGAUGUUCGACAAGCUCUACGCCGUAGUAGGCCAGGCGGCUGUCUGGGGUAUAUUGGCUUACGCUGUAGUACAAUUACUAGAGUGGUACACGAAAACGAAGAUCAACAAGGUGUCAGCCCAAGCAGAUGCGCAAGAACCAACAUCCGCUACCACGGCGGCGAGCUCAACGCAAAAGAAUGCUCAGGCGGAGCCGCAACCAGCUCUUGAUGAGAGCGCCCAUCGUGCCGAGGUGGAGGCGCUGCUGGCUCGUGCGCAGCAGCAAUGCAGCAAGGCCGGUGAAGGCAAGAUGACGCUAGAGCACAUGGUGCUGGCUCUCGCGGAAAACCCCAGGUUUGGCGAGAUCCUGUCCUGCGCGGAGGGCCUCACCGAGGAGGACCUGCGCAAGGCCGUCAAGAAGAGCCGCGUCAUGUACAACCACACGGAGGGCGCGCUGGAGAUCGCGGAGCCCCCGCCCACCGCGCUGUCGCGGUACGGCAGGGACCUCACGCAGCUGGCGAGGCAGGGCAAGCUGGACCCGCUGAUUGGCCGCACGGACGAGCUGAGGAGGCUGUUCAACGUGCUGUCGCGCCGCACCAAGAACAACCCGGUGGUGCUGGGCGAGAGCGGGGUGGGCAAGACGGCGCUGAUUGAGGGGCUGGCGCAGCGCAUCGCGGCGGGGGACUGCCCGCCGGAGCUGCGGGGGGCGGCCAUCAUCGCACUGGACCUGGGCAUGCUCAUGGCGGGCGCCACCUUCCCCGGGGAGUUCGAGCAGCGCAUGAGUGCCGUGCUGAAGGAGCUCUCCGACCUGCCCAAACAGCAGCAACAGCAGGGGCAGGCGGGAGGAGCAGCAGCGGGAGGGACAGCAGCAGCAGCGGCCGCCCAGCCGCCCCCCAGCAGCUGCAUCCUCUUCAUCGACGACAUCCACAACGUGACGGGACCCAACGCACAGCAGGGUGGCGGUGUGAACGACGCCAGCAUGCUGCUCAAGCCGCUGCUGGCCCGCGGGGAGCUGCGCUGCAUUGGCGCCACCACCCCCGACAAGUACCGCCGCUUCAUUGAGAAGGACCCAGCGCUGGAGCGCCGCUUCCAGACGCUGCCCCUGUCCCAGCCCUCCGUCCCCGAGGCCAUCUCCAUUCUGCGCGGGCUGCGUGCGCGGUACGAGCGGCACCACGGGCUGCGUAUAGCGGAUGCGGCGCUGGUGGCGGCGGUGGAGCUGUCGCACAG